ACUUAGAUGACAAAUUGUUAUGUCGUCAUUGUACACAAAAACAUGUCUCCUCGUUAGUCAAGCGAAACCCGUUAUGGACAUAAAUAGUCCCAAUUAGAUUGUAAAUAGUAUUCAUUAUACUAUUUACCAUUUUUGUCAUUAUCUGGGGGAAUAUUAGUCUUGCUAUAGGUCAUCCAAAAAUAAAUGGACUAUAGUUUAUCAUUGAAAAUAAAUGUAGAGACUACGUUUCUGAAACACUGAAUCAUCAUACUGUAGAUAAACAUACCUACAUGAAUUUGUAAAAAAAAGUAAUUGUAGCUAUAAAUGCAUGAAUAAAUAAAUGACUACGGUGUUCAAUUAUAAAUAUCCAUUAGGUUUGAAUCAGUAUCAGUUGCAGGUGUUUAACAUUUGUCUUAGUUCCCUGUCCUGUAACGGUUUGAUUCGCUGUUGCCGUUGGCCUCUACUGAUGCUUUAAGGGCAAUUAUGCUAAUCGGAAGACCUGAUCGCACAUCUGAAAAAGGGUAUAAUUUACAGAAAGAUUGCCAUGGUAUUUUGUCAGGUUACAUACUGCAAUAAUGAUAGACAAACUAACAGCUGUUUUAAAAUACCAGCUCAGAGCAGUUACACGUGCAGGCUUUAUAGUGCAUGUCCACGUUGUACAAAAUCCACCGACGUGGGUAGAUAUCGCCCACUUACAUGUGACUAUACAGUUCGUCAGCAGUAGAUAGCCGUGCAUUGGUCGUACCAAUCACUGUGGUAUCGCUAUGAGUUCACCAUGGCCGCUGUUUCAAUGCUGUUUGUGUUGGCCUCUCUCUCUCUCUCUCUCUCUCUCUGUUUGCGUCAUUGCUCGAUACGUGACGUCAGCACGAGCACAUUAGUAAUUCAUUGGACUGUCUGUUCGCCACCGUAGUCGGGUAUUCGUCGGGUCAAGCUAUAGGUAGCUACGCCGUGUUUAUAACAUCAAGGUAUUGGCAUCCUCAAUCACUGCCAAAGAGGGGUUUUUAUCGAUCAGGGGGUGUUAAACAUCAGGUUGAGGAACCGGUAGUAUGCGGAGAGAGAACAAUCUUGUAAAUGGCUGAACGUCGAUGCAGUAUUCUGACAUUUGCGACUAAACGAGAAGGACAUCUAGUAUGGUGGCAUGCUGCCUCUCACGCAACCUUCGCCUAGUGCAUGUCUGGAAGUGCCUUGUCCGGAUGUCCGUGCAGCAGAGACGGACCGAGAUGUAUCCGAAGAUGAAGGGUCACUACAGGAUGGAUACACGUCCGGAGAUGGGGGUCAAACAGAUACCGACCAGGUAGCAUCUAACUGGCUGGCCAAUGUCUUAGCAACCGUUGAUGCUUGUCAAUUCAAGCAGUUGGAACCCUACCCAACGACACUCAAUCACGUCGAGCAAGACAGCAACAACAACAACCUGUGUUAUUUUGAGCAGCUACCGGUGGAGCUAACCACCCGGAUAUUCGGCUUCUUGCACCCCAUCGAAGAUGCUCUUCCCCUGCUAGCCCUAGUCAAUCGAAGAUGGCGAAAGAUACUUCUAGAUACACCGAAGCUAUGGAGGAGCAUCCAUGUCCGUUCGGAAGAUUACUCUUCAUUACAAUACACCGUGGUAUCAAUAAUAUUCCGUGUGUACGGGGCCCACGUGCGUGAACUCACGUGGCGUACAGGCUCCCGUGUGUACGAGUCAAUUUUCUGUUUGAUCCCCAAACUCGUCUCGUUGACAACUCUACGGCUUCCUAUCCUAUGGAACAAAUGGGUGGUCGACCAACUCGCCCCUCUGUCAAAACUCGAAGACCUGCAGAUCAACGGUGGGUUUGGCCUGACGGAUGCAGACCUAGCCCAGAUUGCGGACAACUUCCCCGAGCUGAAACGGGUGGUUCUCAACUCAUGCUGGGCCGUGACGUCCAAGGGUGUAGGGAGCUUCCUGGACACGCUGCCCAAGUUGGCAGACUGUAAGCUAAAGAUAAAUGAAGGUUUACCCCUCUGUGACAUGAGGAGUGACUUUGCAAUGCUGCAGGGGAGCAUGAUGGCUAGGAGUGUUGGGGAUGCGGCAAGAGCUAGCACGCUCACCGUCUUGAGUCUGAACUUUGUACCGGUUGAGAUGGAAGAUGUCUGGGGCGUGGUCAACAGCCUUCCUCGACUCAGAAAACUGUCGAUCAGCAACUGUGAGGGUCUACAUGGAGUUCGCUUACACUCCGCUUCCCUUCAGAAGAUUUAUCUUCUCAACUUAUGGUCAGUUCUCUUCGUCAGCAUCAGUGCCCCUUCCCUGCGGUACCUCCGUGUCGACAGUGGACUGGAAUCCAACGAACAUCUUGAAGUAUACGCCGGGAAGCUCAGAACCCUACAGGUAGAUGGCAGCGGUGUCCUCCGUACGUUGACCGUCCAUGGAGGCCGCCUCACCACCGCUGAGAUUCGGAGCUGCCCGCUGUUAGACCCAAGACGCUUCCGUAGUUUUUUCUUGGAGAACCCUUUCUUAACUGAUCUCCUGCUAGGCUGCGUCUGUGGUGACGAGCUGGUCUUGGACCACAUUGGCUGCCCUAGUCUGGAGAGAGUCUGCAUUCAGGGUGACUUUGCAUGCAGUGGGAUGCUACUGAGAUGUCCCAACCUUAGAGUGGUUCAGACGGCUGAGGAGAUCGAACUCCCAGCUCUACGACAGGUCAUCAUCGUAGCAGACCACCUUCUCAAGGUAUCACUUGUGGGGUUGCCCGGUUUGAGUAAUGUCAUGGUACAGUGUGACAGUAUUGAACACAUUGAAGCGAACAUGUGCAGUGACGACGCCCUUUGCUUGCGCUCAUUUGUUGUCCAAGCCAACCGCCACAUCGGGUUCCUACGUCUGUUUGAUUGCUCUAUAGGUGCCCUGAUGCUAAGCACGGCAAGAGCUCACACGGUCGUUCUCUACCGGUGCCAAAUAUCAGACUACGCUCUGAAGAUGGCUAUAAGUUCAUGUCCUAAUAUAUUUCAUCUCAGCAUUGAGAAGUGUGACACCCUGACACGCGUCUCUAUACCAUCUCAAUCGUCGUCCCUUAAGUACUUGAAUUUAUUCGCUUGCAAAAGCUUGGUCCAGGUCUCCGUAGACUGCCACGGCAUUGCAGCAGUGAACUUGGGGCAAUGUUUGAAGACCAGGUUUUUCGCCAGAGGUCUGGAAUACGAUCUGUCCUUGCAUCCUGUUGCCAAGUACCCGAAGAUAGUUCUACCGCAUCAGUCUCUACGAUGGAGCCAUGACCGAGUGCCACAACUAUUUCUCAAUGCGAUGUAGAAAGUAGACAUAAACUAGUAAAAUAUCUGCACAGACGUAUGUGCGGCACCAUAAUGUAGCCCGAGCCCUAAAUGUAGCCUGAGAUGUUUGGGGCUACAUAAUGUAGCCCGAGC